GUAAACAAAGUAUAUGAUGCAAUCUCAUUUACAAGGUAAACAAAGUAUGUGAUGCAAUCUCACUUGCAAGGUAAACAAAGUAUAUAAUGCAAUCUCAUUCACAAGGUAUCUUGCAAGGUAUAUGAUGCAAUCUCAUUUGCAAGGUAAACAAAGUAUAUGAUGCAAUCUUAUGUCCAAGGUAAACAAAGUAUAUGAUGCAAUCUCAUUCACAAGGUAUGUUGCAAAGUAUAUGAUGCAAUCUUAUGUCCAAGGUAAACAAAGUAUAUGAUGCAAUCUUAUUCACAAGGUAUGUUGCAAAGUAUAUGAUGCAAUCUCAUUUACAAGGUAUGUUGCAAAGUAUAUGAUGCAAUCUUAUUUGCAAGGUAAACAAAGUAUAUAAUGCAAUCUCAUUUACAAGGUAAACAAAGUAUGUGAUGCAAUCUCACUUGCAAGGUAAACAAAGUAUAUAAUGCAAUCUCAUUUACAAGGUAAACAAAGUAUGUGAUGCAAUUUUAUGUAAUACAGCACAACUUGUAAACAAAGCGUCUCUUAUCAUGUAGUGUGUACCCAGGAAGCAGCAGCAAAAAACUGUUUAAGCAUUCUUUAUAUAUGUAUACGAUCCACCUUUUGUUUGAUUCAAGUUGUCGCUUUUACUUAGGCAUACCUUUUAAAUAUUCUGCUUUAAACGUUGUGAAAUUCUAAGGGAACUUUCUCCACAAACAAGCUUAAAAUCGUUGUUUUUACCCCGGCCAAAGUUCCAAACUACAGGAAUUGAUCUCCUUUGAUGCCCCCUUGCGUCAACUUCUCAUAGAGGUAACUUGAAAAUUCUAGAACCAGAUGCCCUUGCCUUUCCUUGCGGGCUAUAACUUUCAUUCAAGAACAAAUAAAGCAAUUCACGAAAAAGUCUCGUAAGUCAAAUACUGGCAAUAGUUAAUGAUAAUUAAAGGGUUUAUGAGAUGAGUGAAUAUAAUUGGAAUACUUUAAAACCUAUUUGAUAUUUUAAAAAGACUCGACCUUCUUACUCGGGAAAGACAAUGCAAAAAGCUUGUUUGGCAAGAAUUGCUUCCACAGAAUAAAAUUUCAUAGAUAUUAGUCGUGAUGGAGUGCUUUCAGGCAAUCGAGAGCGGGUUGGAUUGUUGGUUCAACGGGCAAAAUCUCUAGCUGGAAAAAAGUACUAAAUUUUGUUUUUCUUGGCAGAGAAUUGAAAAGAAAGUCUCUUUCUUACAGAUUCAUCCGGGGUACAAGUUGUACCUAAAGGCAUCAGAGCCUCUUAAGGAUUAAGUGAUGCAAAAAAUACAAGAAGUUUUGAUAAAUUUGACGAAAAGAAGCUUAAGAUAACAAGGCUGUACCAUGAGUGUACAGUUUACAAUUGAUUACAAUUUAUGAUUGCAAACAUAAACUUGACAGCUGAACAUGUAAAUAUAGGCAAUUGUAAACUGCACAAAGGGCAAGGCUUGCUGAUUAAAAUACAUUUAAAAAUUUUAGGUCUCUUUAUUCAACUUUUUUCUAUUUUUAUCUAUGUUUAGAAGAGUUACUAAACAACUUAAUUAUUUAGAAUCAAAACUAAUUCAAGUUUGGUGGUUAAAAUUUUUUUGUUAUUAAAAAAAUAUUUUUUUCACAAGAAAAGUCUUGCAUAAUGCAUAAGAUGUGAAGAGUACAGCCUACUUCUGCUCUGCUAUGAAAGGCACAGCUUCUAUUGCAAAAUUUGGCCUUACCAAAAAUAAAUUGUUCGCAAACUCUUGAUUUGGUAGACUUGUUAGGUGUAAUUCCCUUUUAACUGUGCUACACGGCAGAUUAUUUUCACAAGAUGACAAUGGCCUUCUUUAUAGAGUGUUUUUUAUUACUUUUCUGUUUAAAAAAAGUCCAAACAAUUGCUCUUAAGUAGCAAUACCACCUGUUCGAGGAAACCUUAAUUAAAGGAGUAAAAAAAUAACGUCCAAUCUUUGGUGAAAUUGUGAAAUACGAAUCAAAGAUAAACGCAACUUAAGGGCGCAAUUAAAAUUAUUUCAGGAAAAGAAUACUCGAAUUAGUUAAUUUAAUGAUCAAUAAUAUAACAUUUUGCUCUACAAAUAAAAGUUGAGAGCUUUUCACUACGACGGCUGAACGUGAAAGAAUUUAUGCUGCUGUCAGAAGGUGAGCGGGAAUCAAAGAACUAAAUCAUUGUAAUUGUAAUUGUAGAGGGACGUACUUUUCGUUUUGAUUAUUAUUGCUAGGGUUUUCUAUUUUUCUUUUUAUUACCUUUGAAUUUUCGUCUCUCAAAUUUACUAAAAAUUGUAUCCGAUUAUUCAAAAUCAGCUUUAUUUAUAUUCAAGAGCUAGUCAAAUAAUCAUUUGCAAACUUUGGACAGAUAUUCUCAAGCUUAUUGGGAUUUCCUAUUUUGAUUAUUUUGGUAGGAUGUUGCACGCUUUUCCACUUAUAAAGGAUAUUGUCUUUCGCCCAUCAUUAAAGUUUUUCCUAGGCAAUCAUUGGCCCGUAUCCGCAUCUCGAAGAUUCUCUGUGCUGAUGUCUCUAUUUUAACACAGAAACCUUGAAUCUUUUAUAAAAAAUGUUCUAUGGUCUUUUUUAAAAAAAAAACAAGUAAAUUGUAGUUUAGGCAGUAAAUUGUCUCUACCUAGCAUCUGAAAGUAGUGCGGCUAUGUGAGUGCAGCUAAAUGGGCCUAAAUGGGCACAACCAUAUAUUCAAUAGAGUCUUCAGAAUGUUGCGAAGAAGCUGAGUUUCAGCGUAUUUACACCUAUUACCUUUUACCACCACCCUUUUAGAUAUGCUUCUUCCUGGUGAAAUUUUGACCUAUUUAAAUACCGAGAUACUUAAAAUUAACUCAAUUUUAUUUAUUCGACAGCAAGAAUCACAAGUUAAAGAUUAAGUACAUACCGUAAAUUUUCUUUUUAGCCCCCUCUCUCAAUUAAGCCCCCCUCUCUUAUUAGCCCCCCUUUUCAGAAAGAAAAAUUUAAUCAGCCUCCUCCUAAAGAUUUAAUGUGCAUUAAGCACGGGCCAUCUGAGUGCCUUUUACCAAAAUUACAGGCCGUUGGUACUCCGAGGGAUGAAGUCGAACUUCUCGAAUGCUCGUUUUCUGAAGGCAACAUGGCCCAAGAAGAUAUUUUAGAAUUAAUAAUUGAUGAAGAUGACGACGACGAUUAAAUUUAAAGUGCGAGUUAGUGCAUUUCUCACUUUUUGCGGAUAAUUUUGCUAUCAGAAUCGUUCUUAACAGUGAAAUUUGAUAUGAGUGUAGGGUCAGUACUGCAGUCUCCCACACACUAAGCAAUGCAAAAUCCCGGUCAGUAACAUGCAUAAAUUUCGCUUAUAUCGACAUUCAGGCCCUGGACGGUUUACGGGAAGGUAGGGGGGGGGGGUCGAAACGAAAACGUCAAAACGAGGAAAAACCGAUAUGUUUGCGGCCCCUAAGAGCCCUGCUUAUUUAAGGAUUCUUAAUUAACUGAAACAAAGAUGCAAGCUGAUACAUGAUAUUGUAAAGAACUUCUAAAGAUUUUUGCUCUGAUUGAAAGUUUCAAAUCUUUUCCAUUUUGUUUGGUGACAAUCAACAUAACACAAGUCUUGGGUGCAUUAAGCAAGCGAUUCUUGAGCAAUGCCUGAACUUCUUUUGAGUCAAUGUUUAUUGUCUUUUGCAAAUGCUUAGAAUUGCUAAAGAUGUGUCAAGUACAGGCUUGUAUCGUCAGCACAACAACAGAAACCCUUAAGAUCUUUCCUUUGUAUGAAUGGCCAUUGUAUUGCAUUAGUAAGUGCAUAAAUAUAAAAAGGAGUGGACUGAGACAAGAGCCCUGUGAAGCCACAUCCUGAUAUUUUAUUUAACUAGAGUACUCUUCACAGACUCUUCAAUGUCUUACUUGUAUAGUCAGUAUAGUGAGGUAUUUUUCAUCGACACUGGAAGUGUGCUUGGUGAUACUACGUAGAACUAAAAUUACCGCUCCGCAUCAGAAACGGGGGCGCAGAAGUAAUUAAAUUAAUGUUUCAUAGUGAUAAAUGUUUCUAGUAGCCAAAUAUUUGACUUUAUCUGACAAUUUUUAUGGUCUAGUGGACAAUGUUUUACAAACUCCUAGCCACUGGAAUCAUUAUCACAAGCACCUGGAUGAUUUUUUUGAAAACUUUGCUGAAUUUUGUGUGGGAACGAAGCAAAAAAUAUGUUCAUAAGCAGUUGUUGUACCUGUUAUGCUAUUAAAUCUGCCAAUUUUCUAGUUAGUCAUAAAAACUGCGGAAAAUCACUUCAAAAGAAAGAGGCAAUUUAAAAUGACUAAUGUAACUUAGCAAAUCUUGCUUAUUUGCUAUAUGAUUUAAUUGUUUAUACGACUUUAGGAGCAUUUUUAUUGAUUAAAGAUUCUUUCCGGCCAAUGCCAGCUGCUUCUCCUAAAAAUAGACAUACAACCUAUAUGUAUAACUAUUAUGUGCAUACAUCAGUAUAGCUUCUAUCUUUCGUCGAUAUUUGCUGCACGAGAACAACUUUGUCUGGUAGUGCUUGUUUCUCCUACUGUAGCUCAUAUCCAAGCUUUACAAUAACCGAGCCUUUGUCCUGCACUUUGUCCUGCACUUGCUUUCCUUAAUUGCACAUAAUUUAAUUGGUUAUCAUUUUACACGUUAUCAGUUGGACAUCAAAGAAGCCAGCGUACGAAGGGCUCCCUGAGGUGCUCCCAAUCAAAUUAUCAGAAAGCUGCUUUCCAUCUAUCUAUCACCACAUGUAUUCAUACAAACGAAGAUUCGCCAUCAUCGCGCCAAUAGCAUUGGUUUGCUUUAUAACAUUUUCAACGAUGCAUUGUCACAUUUUGAGGCUCAACUGUAAAAAGUUUGCAAACUUUUCUGUAAAAGUUGAGGGUAAACUAUUAAAAGGCUACAUGAUUGUACAGCUCAAAGGCCUGGACCUUCACCAAUGCUUUGGACACUGUCUUCACAAUUCCUUGUGCAAAUCUAUAAACUUUAAUGCAGAUGAUAGUGGGGUGUGCCAGCUUAACCAUAUCACAAACAUGGAUGUAGUCCUCUCUUUUAAAGACAGUUGGACUUUCUACACGACAAGCCAUUCGAACAAUUUGGUUGGACAGAACUGCUUGGCCAAGGAUCCUUGCAGCCAGAAUCAAAUUUGCAUGGACAUUUGUAGCUGCCCAGGGUACCAGUGCAUCGAUUGCGAUUCGAACACUUUUGGGCUGACGUGUUGCAGAAAAAAAAUUACAGGAGAAUCAGGUUCAAUCAAGAGUCCAAAUUAUCCAGAAAUUUACACACCCAAUGCAGAGUGCUAUUGGACAAUCAGCGUUAAACCUGGUAAAAGAAUCGAAGUCUCUUUCAAGGGUUUGGAAAUGGAGGAAAGUACCUCCUGCAAACUCGACUUUGUCAGGAUCAAAGACGGUCCUGCAAAUUCAACAUCGUGGCUUACAGAUAGAUUAUGUGUCUAUGAUGACGAAUUAAAAUCAAUAAAAUCUACUGGAUCAAUAAUUCACGUCAUAUUUGAAUCUGAUUUCUCAAUCCAGAAGAAAGGAUUCAAAUUAGAUUGGAAAGAAGACUGAUGCAAAGAUUUGAUCCCCCGUCCAAAAAGAAAGGUGAUCAGUUAAUUAUGAUAACUUUGAUCGUAGAUGAUUUAAUGGCUUGGGACAGAUCAUUCUUCCAACCACGUUGAUUUACAAAAUACAGCAAGUACACUUUCUUAUGCUCUUUCUAAAGAGAAGGCCUAGUUUGAGAUGCAUUUGCAAGGUGCUUAUACAAGAAUAGCACAUCUGGUUGGUUUAGGCAAAGAACUGCAUCAAAACCAAUGCACAAUAAUGAAACCUUAGUUGGAAAACGUAAUAAGCACACAAAUGUCAUUGCUUCUUGCUGAUCUUUUAAUUCUAUUAUAUAAAGUUUGCGAUAGUAUAUUAACGCAUUGUACUGAAUAGUUUAUAAAAGCAGUUGUGCAUUAGUAA